AUGAUUGAUUGUAUGGAAAGGAGAACGGUUUCCAGUUAUGAUGAGUUUGAUGAAACAAUAUUAGGCCAUUUGAAAAUUUAUGCUCCGGAUUUAAUUAUUCCUGAAGCUUUAUACUCUGCUUUUCAGGGCACAUCCUUGAGUAAUUUAAAAAUCAGUCCCCCAUUAGAUGAGUCUUUGAAAAUUUAUGACGGGUGUCAUGGUUUUGAGAUAAUUAGGAAAUUACAAGACCUCGCAUGGGUAUUUGUGCUGUUUGGUGUCCCAUUGAAUUUAUGGAGUAAACUUGUCUUUUUAUACUCACCGCCUAGGUUCAAGCGACGCCUUAGAAAACGGUUGAGUGAGAAAAACUCCCGUUCCAUGACUGGAAUUGAUUAUUGGCUUCAUUCUCUCAUUACUUUGACGAAAAAUAUAUGUUUUGAGAAUCAUACAAAUGAUCUAAUUGGUUCAACUCGACUUUUUUGCCCUACUAGAGGGUCUUGCUUGAAGGAAGGCAUUUUGGAAUUGAUUCUGUUGGCAGAAGACUUACCUGUUGAUAUUGGGUUGUUAAAUAUUAAGUUUCGCAUUGCGGAGCUCUGCAGCCAGAGAUCUGACUCUUAUAGUCUUAAAAAAGUUUUAGAUGAAAAGCUUCUAGGAGUGAAGUCAUAUUGUGAAUUGAGAGAGAUUAUUUGGAAGGUCUUUCCAGACAAUGUAAUUUAUUGA